AUGACAGAUCAGGGAUAUAUUAUGUUAUUCUCACAACAUUCAUUAUUGACACUAUCAUCAUAUAUUAGUAUUAUAAAUGUUAUUAUUACUAUAACUAUCAUUAGCAGUACAUAUCAUACAACUUUAUCAGCUACAUGGAUUUGUUUAAGUCGAGAACAAUUGAUUGCUUUAUCAAAUUCAAAAAAUACUUACCGUUUUGAAGCGGAAAUAAUUCAAUUAGAUAAACCUUCAGAAUUAUUAAAACAUACUACUGAUAAUGUUGAUUAUAUCGGUUUAAAUGCAUUUGUUAAAAUAAUCAAAAUUUUAAAACAACCACAAAUUGGAAAUUUAUCUAAUCAACUUCAAAUUAAUGAAUUAGUUUAUGUGAAUCAAAUUAAAUCAAGAGAUUUACAUGAUAUAUCUAUUAGAGAUAUACCAGUUAACAUUAAUGCUGAUAAUGAUAAUGAGCAAUGUCUGCCAAAAUUAGAAAGAGGUAAAACUUAUGAAUGGAUUACAUAUGCCCCAGAAAAGACUAAUAUAUUACAUAAUACAGGACAAAAACAAUUGAUCUUAAUGCCUGGUGGUAUUUUUCCAUUGUUAUCACAUCAAUCACUGGUACAAUUGGAAUCAAACAACAUUAAUAAUUUAAAAAGUAAUGGUUGUUCCAAACGUGAAUGUCGUUUUGGUGCAAUCUGUGAAGAAUGGUUAUCAAAAGACUCUGAUCAACUCAUUGGUGUCUGUGUAUGUCCAACAUUAAUGGAUAUGGCAAAAAAUCAUAUGUGUAAUAUGAAUAGUGGUACAAUAUGUACAGUUAAUGGUUUAUUUUAUUUAAAUGAAUGUGUUAUGCUACACCAAGCUUGUUUAAAACAAACUGAAAUGAAACCAAUGAAUUUAAAUGUUUUCAGUAGAAUAUUAUCUCAAAAUGAUUGUAGUCAAUUAAUUGAGAAAAUGUCUAUAUCUGCUAUUCCCUCUUCUGCGAUUCUCAUCACUGAUGAUCAAUCUUCAACAACAAACAAGAUUAUUUCACCAUUAAAAUCAAAUGAAAAUUCUAUUAGUUUAUCACCAAUUCGUCAAAAUAUUCAUCAGAUUAAAAAUGAUGAAAAUCUACAACAUGAUUCACCUCAUUUAUCUCAAUUAAUUAAUAAUUCACCUAUAAUGGAGUUUAAUUCAAUAAAUAAUAAUCAAUAUAAAUGUUCAUUAAAAAUAUGUUCAAAUGAAUUAAAUCCUAUUUGUGAUACAGAAGGUACAAUUUAUAUGAAUGAUUGUUUAUUAAAAAAGUAUUUUUGUCAAAAAAUCAAUAUUGGUGAAUUACCAAAAGUAAUUUCAUGUAAUUCUACAAUACAAAAAAAUAAACCUGAGGCUAAAUUAUGUGGAAAUGGUAAUAUAUGUCUUUAUGGAGGAAAAUGUUAUGAUCCAUUAGAUCAUUAUUAUCAAUCAAAAAUUAUAAUGAAAAAAAUUUUACCGUUAUAUUCCAAUUGUAUUUGUGAACAUAUUAAUUGUUUAAAUGAAUGGCCUGAUCCAGUCUGUGCAGAUGAUGGUGAAACUUAUACAAAUCAAUGUUUUUUAGAACGUGCAAUUUGUGAAACUCAAUCAUUAAAACGUAUACUUUAUCGAGGCAAUUGUGCAUCUAAUCCAUGCUUACAUCAUAAAUGUCGAUGGCAAGGUGAAAAAUGUCAAGUUGAUAUAAAUGGUCAAGCUAAAUGUACAUGUCCAGAACCUUGUCCAUCAGUUGUAUCUCCAGUCUGUGGUAGUGAUGGAGUGACUUAUGAUAGUACAUGUCAUUUAGAAAGAACAGCAUGUCAAAAAAUGAGAGAAAUUCGUGUAAUAUAUUCAGGAGAAUGCAGUGAACCAAAUGAUUGUAUACUGCUUAAUCAACCAUGUCAAGGAUAUGAAAUAUGUUCUCGCAUUAAAAAUCCAAUGGUUUACACUUCAGUCAGCCGUAAAUUGGAUGCAUCCGUUUAUGACCUUUCGAAUUCUUUUGAAGAUACAAUUCCACAGUGUAUAUGCCCUACAUGCCCAGAAUAUGGUCUAGGUGGUCAGGUAUGUGGAUCAGAUGGGCAAACAUAUCGUAGUGAAUGUCAUUUACGAUCGAGCGCUUGUCAACGACAUUCCACAGAUUUAACUGUUAAAUCAAGAGGAAAAUGUGAUGCGUGCCAAACAAAACAAUGUAAAUAUUAUGCAAUAUGUCAAUUAAGUGCAUUCGGUGAACCACAAUGUAUAUGUCCAACAGAUUGCCUUUAUGUUAGAAAGCCAGUGUGUGGAACCGAUGGUAAAACUUAUGAGAAUGAAUGUUUUCUAAAGGUGAAAUCAUGCGCUGACCAACGUGAAGUUCAUGUUGCUCAAGAAGGAUACUGUCGUCCAUGUACAGCUGGUUGUCCACUGGGUUUUCAGUGUCGUAAUGGUCAAUGUGUAUGUCGAGAUGCAUGUCCACCAAAGCAUCCAACUGAACUUGAUGUAUGCGGUACAGAUGGAAAAUUAUAUUCAAGCGAAUGUGAACUUAAACGUCAAGCUUGUAUUCAACAAACUAACAUAGAUGUAGAUCUAGCUGGUGUCAGAUGUCGAAGUAAAAAUCCAACUGUUCUACAAGAUAUAAAUAUGAAAACGUCAGGUAACAUACAAGCAGAUGGUGUAAGACUAUCCAGUUGUACAUGUAAUAAACUUGGUGCACUUUCUGAAGAAUGUGAUUAUUUAGGUAAUUGUAGAUGUAAAUGGGGUGUUGGCGGUUUAAAAUGUGAUCAAUGCCUUGCAAACUAUUGGGGUAUACAAAAUAAUCAUGAAUGUAUUCCAUGUUCAUGUCAUCCACUUGGUUCAACUGAGACAACAUGCAAUCAAGCAACUGGUCAAUGUAACUGUCGUACUGGUGUUGUUGGACGACAAUGUUCAAUGUGUCCAGAUGGUAGUCAAGUGACAGAAAAUGGUUGUAAUGUUAAAGGACAAAGUAAAGAUAUCGAGUUUGAAAGUGAUGAACAACAACAUUUACUAAAGGCAACUGAAUUAAAUCAAACUAACACAUUGAUUUCCCAAUUACCUGACAAACUAACAACAGAAAAUAACAAGGAAGAGGAUGGACGAUUAUUUACCGACACAACUACACUUCUUGUUCGUAUACCAUUUCAUAUCCAUCAACCAACUGAAAUACAAAUAAUUUUAAGUUUAGAUAAAGGUAAUGGAAUGCUUUUACAGUAUCGUGCACCUCCAAGUGAACAGGAACAAAUGAUUUUACGUGAUACACAAGAUCAUCAAUUCAGUAUGGCUAUUUCGAACUGGAGAGUUGUGUUAAAAUAUAUUGAUGGUGGUGUUCCAAAUCGUAUCCUACUUGUUUAUAGUAAACAUAAUCUUACACGAAAUACCAAGCAUAACAUUCAAGCAGGUAUUGUAUCAGGUAGACCAUGGAUAAAAAUUGAUAAGUUCAGUAGAACAACUAAUCAAGAUGUAAUUGAGAAAUGGGCUAGUACUCAUCAAUCAGAUAAUCAACCUACAGCUGGUAGUCUUGAGACCAUAGUAAUUGGUCGACAAAUCAAAAUAGGUAGUCGAAGUAUUUCAGAUGUAAAAGAACGUACUGAUAUUCAUCAAGAUUAUGGAUUUUCUGGAUGCUUAAAUAAAAUGAUUAUUAAUGCUGGUUCACCAAUGAAACAGUUUAGUUUAGGUCUUUUGGAAGCUAUAACUACAAAAUUAGCUUGGUUAGGAAUUGAACCUAACCCAUCUACAGGUCAUAGUGAAGCACCAUUAUGUUCAUCAUCAAUUAAAGCAUUAUCAUCACCUAAAAAUGAUAUAUCUAAUAGUGAUACCGAUGAAAAUAUUCCACCUUUACCACAAUCAGAUCAAGUUCAAAGACAUGAUAAUGUAAUUAAUCAAAACGUUCAAACAUUAACUAGUCACAUUCAAACUAAAAAAUGUGAAAAUUAUGGUAUCGGAUCAACUGGAUCAGAUGGAAAGUACACGUGUAUCUGUCAACCUGGAUGGCAAGGUGAUGUAUGUGAACAAGCGGUAACUAUUAUACCACAGUUUUCUGGAAAUGGAUUUAUUCGUUUAGCUGGUCCAACUGGGAAACAUGCAAUAAAACGCAGAAAGUUACAUAUUGAAUUAAUUUUCUUAGUUACACAACCAUCAGGUUUACUGUUUUUAAUUCCACCUAAAUCUCCUCAACAUGGUCCAUUUAUAGCAGUUUAUCUAGAUGAACAAAAUUAUUUAAAUGUUGUCUGUCGAACUGGUAAAGGAAAAUUAGUCAGUGAAAAUAUUAUCCAAUUAAGAUAUAAUAAACCAGUACCAUUAAAACAAUGGAAUACUUUAAUUAUUGAUAAACUGCAAAAACUGCUACGUGUUAAAAUGAAUAGGAAUCGAAGACAACGUGUAUCACUUAUCCCAUCACAAUUUACUCAUAUACAAAAUCAGCUUCUAAAAGAGUCAACUAAUUUCGAUUUAUCUUCAAGUCCAAUCUAUCUUGGUGGAUAUAAUUUUCAUGAUCAAACAACUUUAAAUUAUAUACCGAUUAAAAAUGGUUUACAUGGAACGAUUCAAAGAAUUAACAUAAAUGAGGCAGAAGUUGUACUGGCAGGUCCAUCUCCUGCAGAUAUGAUGAAUACACCAGAGGAACAAGGUAAAUUACCACAUUUAUUCGAAAAAUGGGCAAAUAUAUCUCAAUGGCAAGGUUUACCAUGUGGUCCACGAUAUUCACCAUGCCAAUUGGAUCAACCAGAUAGUAUAUGUCGUCCAAAUAUUGAGCAUGCUACAUGUGCUUGUACAACACCAUUACAACUGAUGCAUCUUAUGAAAGAACGAUUAGAUGAAGAAACUGAUGAAGUUGAGCAACAAGCUUGUUUACAACGAAAAAUGGAACUAUCUAGGUUAAAUUUGGCAUUAUCGUCCAGAAAUGACGGUCAGUUACAAUACGAUGGUCCAAAUCGUGCACCUUCAAGAGAAAUAUACAAUGAACCAGAUGAAGAACUACCACCAGUUGAUCCAGCAAGACAGAUUUCAAUCAACUUCGGUGGUUCAACAGUUUAUACAUACCGUGGACUUAUAAGAUUCACGGCAGAUUUUAAUAUUCGUCUCCGUCUACGCACAAAUAAAAUGGAUGGCUUAAUUUUACUAAUGGUUGAACAAGAUUCAUUGAAUCAUCAACAUAAUCUAUCAUCAUCAUCAUUAAUUUUAAAUCAACCUGUAACACAGAUUACAACUAAUUCAGAAUUUGUAUCAAUCGUAUUACGUAAUGGUCGUGUUGAAUUAUUACUGAAUUUAGUUACAUCAAGAAAAAAGAAAGAUAAAUCUUGGAAUAUAAAUAAUAAUGAAAAUGAUAAUCCAAUAUUCAAUCGUCUCAUGCCUAUUCAAGCAAGACAUAAAGUAGACGAUGGUGAAUGGCAUAUGAUACAAGCUAUGGGGAAUAAACAACGAGCAACAUUAUUCGUUGACAAUCAUAUGGUUUCUGGUGAAUUCACAGGUAUUUCAGAUUACAAUACUCCCCCGGUGAGAGAUGUCUAUCUCGGUGGGACACUAUUUAGUAUUCUUGGACUAUCAAUUGAUUAUCAACAAAAUUUCACUGGUUGCAUUGCUGAUAUGCUUAUUCAAGAGAAAAUUAUACCAAUCUUAUCAGAAGCAACAGAAAUACACGGUCCUAUUGAAAGAUGUAAAACACCAUGA